AUGGCACAAUUGAUUAUGCUGAAGGAUCUGCUCUUCACAAAAUCAGAGUCAUGCUCGGAUCAAGGCCUCCGGUACCUGUUCCUGCUCAACAAUUCCUAUUUCGUAGCUCAUAUGCUCUCUGAGUCAUCAUCAUCUCCUGCAUACCUAAAUGAAUUGCAUUAUUGUGAGAAGUACAUGGAUAGUUAUCUCGAUGUUUCUUGGAGACAUGUACUCGCCUGCAUACCAAAAUCGAGAUUUCCUGGACCGAUCCAUUGUUGGAUAAACACGUCUUCGUUGGUGAAAUUUGAGUUGGCGUUUCACAAGACAUACCAGACUCAGAAGUUGUGGAAGGUUCUGGACCCUUGGCUCAGAGAUGCGCUGCGGAGAGCUAUCAUUGAGAGAGUCAUUACAGGUUAUCGCAACUACCUGGAGGAGCAUUCGGAGCUAGAGAAACACAUUGGCCGCGAAAGCAGUAGUCCUGAAGUUUUGGAGGAGAUGUUGGGAGAGCUAUUUGAAGGAUGA